AUGGUGUGCCUCGUGUCGGAGCCCGGCUGGCCCGUGGUGUACUGCAACGAAGCUGGCGCGCAGCUGGCGGCGGUGCCGCGUCGUCCCGCCGGGCUGCCCUUCUGGCAGCUGUUCACGGUAGUGGGCAGCUUCCGGGGGGAGGGGCGGCAGGAGCGGCUGCAGCAGCUGGUGGCCCGGGGGCGACCCUUUGCCCUGGCCUGCCGGCAGCAGGCGCCCGGCGCAGCCGCGCAGCAGCAGCAGCAGCAGCAGCAGGACGGCAGCAGCAGCGGCGGCAGCGGCGAGCUCGGCAGCGGCAGCAGCGGCGGCGGCGGCGGCGGCGGGGCCGAUCCGUCGCUGCAGCCGCCGCCGCCGUCGCCGGCCUCGCCGCGCCCGCCGCUGGCGGCAGCCUUUGUUCCCUGCACGGCGGCCGGCCUGCUGGCGGGCCCUGCGGCCCAGCCCUCCCCUGCCUCCACCUCAACUGAUAGCGGCAGCAGGGGCACGCCCCGACCGCCUGUGAUCCCCGCUCCCGGCUGGGAGGAGGCGGCGCUCGCGGCGCCGGCUUCUGAACCAGGCGGCGGUACCGCCUCCGGUGCCGCCGACGAGGCCGCUGCGCCGCCGUCCUACUGGCUGGCCACGCUGCGGCCGCUGCCGCCCGGCGGCGCCGCUGGCCUGGCGCUGCGCCUGCCCGGCUGGGCCGGCGCCGCCGACGCCGCCGACAACGCAACCGCCGCCGCCGCCGCCGCGGGCCUCAGCCCCACCUCCCCGCUCGCCACCGCGGGCAGCGGCCUGCUGCUGGCCAGCCCGGGCUCUGCCAGCGAGCUCAGCUGGCGGGGGGGGUGCCUGCCGGGCGGGGGCGAGCACAUGAUGCCUCCAGAGUCGCUGCGAGAGAUCGCGAUCGGAAAGCUGCUGGGGGCGGGCGCCAGCGGCAGGACGUACCGCGGUGUGUGGCACGGCAGCCGCGUGGCCGUCAAGAUUGUGGAGGUGCGGGACCAGCAUGGUACCGGCGGGUGUGACGAGGAAUCCCUUUACCCGCCCCGCAGCGGCAGCACGGGCUGUACCGACCUAGGAGGCGGCACGGGCUCCGGGAGCGGCGGCUCCGGGAGCGGCGGCGGUGGCGCGCCGGCGGCGCUGCUCGAGGCGCUGCUCUCAAAGUCUCUUAGCCACCCGCACAUCGUGCCCACCCACGCCUUUGGCGUGUGCGCCCACUCCUCCGGAUCCGACAGCUGGAAGGAGAUUUGGAUAGUGCAGGAGCUGUGCACACUGGGCACCCUGGCCAGCGCGCUGGAGGGCGGGCGGCUGAGGGACGCCGCCACGCAGCGGCCGCGCCUGGCCACCGUGCUGCGCACUGCGGUGGAGGUGGCGGGUGCGCUGGCCUACCUCCACUCACACUCGGUGCUGCACGGAGACCUGACCGGCAACAACAUCCUGCUCAGCGCAUCGACCAAAGACUCACGCAUGUUUGUGGCGAUGGUCGCAGAUUUCGGGCUGUCGCGGCCGCUGGACGUGCUUUCCACCCUGAACACCGGCACCUACGGGACAGUGUCCCACAUGCCCCCAGAGCUCAUCAUCGAUGGCCACCUCACCUCCGCCGCAGACGUCUUCUCCUUUGGCGUGGUCCUCUGGGAGAUGCUGAGCGGGCGGCGCGCCUGGGCCGGCAUGAGCGCGCUGCAGAUCAUCAACGCCGUCACGGUGCAGGGGCGCGGCCUGCAGCCCGAUGCCGGCUGGCCCGCCUCGCUGCAGGGCAUGGUGCGCCGCUGCCUGGCUGCCGACCCGGCGCAGCGGCCAACCGCCCGCCAGCUGCUGGCGGAGCUGGAAGCGGUGCUGGCUGGUGGGGCACAUGUGCUGGAUGCGCCCUGCGAGGCGGCACCCUCCAGCGGUGGCCACCUUGAGGCUCCCGGAGUACCGCAGAGCCCUCCCGCGGUAUGGUGCGCCCUCGAUCCCUCGAACUCGCGCAUGCUGCACCAGCUGUUUUCCCCGUGA